AAGUGGCAACAUCCCAAAAUAGAUUUUUAUAAAAAAGUAAACAAAUGAAUCUGAGUAAAAAGGAUAGCUAUUAUUUCUGACAUAAAUUAUUUUAAACAUUAAAAAUACUGCUUUUUCAUACAAACUACAUUCUUAAUGCUUAAUAAUAUUAAGAAAUAUGUCUUCAAAAACACCAAUAUCAUUGUUAAACUUCUUCGUAUUUAACUCAUCAUAUAGUCACACAGAAGAUGACGAACAGAAUAAAAUUUUAUAUUUUUAUCCUACUGAAGUGGAAUUGAACACACAAAUCAAAGCUGUUGGGCUAUGUGAAGCUAUAAUUAAAUUUACUGAAACUUUUGGAACUUCUGCUUGUGAAGCCUUGCAUACUCAAAAAACUAAAGAAGUGUUUUUAGAACCUGAACCAGGAUUUUGGAUGAUCAUGACUUUAACCAUUCCUUUCCAACAAAAAUCUAGAGAUGGACAGUCCUAUGUGGAAUAUUUUACAGAUGAAAUACAAGACCAUGUAUAUCAGUCAGUUUUAUUAAAAUCAUAUAGGAUGUUUACACUCUUGAAUGGCACUUUUGGCAGUUUAGUCGGAGAAGGCGAAGGAAACGUUAAUUCUCUGAGGAAAAAAUUGCAGCAAUUCUAUGAUACAUACCUUGUUAAUUUGAAGUCGAGUGAGGCUGAUCUUUUAGAUAUUUUUCAAGGCAUUCAUUUUUUACCACUUGAGAGAUAUUCUUUUCUCAAAAUACUAUGCUUUAUAAAUCAGCUUGAAGAAAAAUUUAGAUGUGUGAAGUAUUCUGUUUUUCUUUACAAUGAUCAACUUGUUUGGAGUGGUCUUGAGCCUGAUGACAUCCAAAUAGUGUAUCAACAUCUUUCACUGGAUUUGAUACCCUCAUUCAUUGAUUCAGAGUUAAAGGGUGGUGUAUUCUCUCCUUCUAGAACAAGUGCUUUUGGUUCUGGAACACAUUUUGGAAGGUUUAUGACUGGUCCUAAAUCCCCAGAAGAUGAAGCUGGUUUACAAAACAUACCAAAGAUAUUUCUCAGCAAAGGCUGCUUCUUUCUUGUUGCAUACCGUGCAUUAAAUGCUACUAUCUGUCUUUUUAUUGAAGAUACAUAUGAAUUUAAAUGUGAUUUUUUCAAGAGCCUGGAUGCUGCUCUGGGAUCACAUCUCUCAAAUCUAGCUUCAGAAAUCGGAGAACACUUUUCAAAAACUUUUUCUCACCUAAAUGCUGAGCAACAGUCAAAGUUCAUGUACAUGUAUUUUAAUCACAUGAAUUUGGCUCAGAAAACCAGCAUGCAUGCUGACAUGAAGAGCACUGGUCAUGCCUUGAUCACAAGUGACAUUAUGAAACUCUUUGCAGAUUUCUAUGUCGAUUUAUCAAAGAUGCAAGAUUAUGGUGAGAUCAAUGGGAAAACACUGGGUGAUUAUUGGGUGAUAGCAAAAUUGUCUGACGAAAGGGAACUCUAUGUUGUUUUGCAACAAAAAAAUGCUAAUAUUGUUGAUGUUAACGAUGAAAUGAAGAAGCUAAGUGCAUCUCUUUUCCAUAAUAUUUUCAUUGUGGAGUAAAGAUAAUGUUGUGAUCAUUUCAGUGAAAUGUAAUUUUUAAUGUGAUAUUUUUGUUUAAUCAUGUGUAUGAUAUUCAUUUGUUAAUAAAUAUGAUUAUUUAU